AUGGGAGAUGAUAACAAUUCUCAAGGACGUGAUAAAGGUUUUAAGAUGAAGAAGGACAUACGAUGUCUGAUGCUAUCAUCGACCAACUACACCGUAUGGUCUAUGCGAAUGAAAGUGAUAUUUCGUUUAUACGAUGUUUGGGAUACGUUUGAUCAAGGGAGCGAUGAUGCAAAGAAGAACAAUAUGGCGAUUGCUCUAAUCUUUCAAUCAGUCUCGGAAGCGUUAUUACUUCAGAUAGGAAAACAUGAUACAUCGAAGAAGAUUUGGAAAGCUAUCAAAUCUCGUAACCUAGGUGCUGAUCGCGUGAGAGAAGCGAGGUUACAGACUUUGAUGUUUGAGUUCGACAAACUGAAGAUGGCAGACACAUACACGGUGGAUGACUACGCAGGAAAACUUUCAUGCUUAGCAUCGAGAGAUAAUGGAAGCAUCGAAGAUGAUAUUGUUGGGAGAUUGAAGGCUUUCGAAAAAUGCGUAAAAGAAGAAACUCAAGAUGAAGAUCAAUCAAAGCUAAUGUUUGUGAAGAAUGAUACACAAGGUCGUGGAAGCCAUAACAACUCGCGAGGAAGAGGACGAGGAAGGUCUAAUGGUUCUGACGGUCAUAACAAAGGAGGAGAAGCUUCGGACAAGACCAAGAAGGACUACUCUAAAGUUAAAUGUUGGAGAUGUGACAAGAUGGGGCACUUCGUGUCACAUUGUCCUACACAACUAAGAGAAGAAUCUAACCUCACGGAACCACAAGAAGCAUAUGCAUUAUAUAUGCAUGAAGUAGUAUUCCUCAACGAAGAGAGAGUGUUUCCUAAGAGGUUUGACGAAUGCGAUGGAAAUAUGAGUAUAUGGUACCUUGACAAUGGUGCAAGUAACCAUAUGACAGGCAAGAAAGAGUUCUUCUCAAACCUAGACGAGAGCAUCAAAGGCAAAGUCAAAUUCGGUGAUGGAUCAAACGUUGAGAUUGUUGGGAAAGGUUCGAUCACAUUCAUCGGAAAAACAGGGGAGAGAAGAGCACUCAAAGAUAUCUACUACAUCCCAAGUCUUAAACACAAUAUCAUAAGUCUUGGACAAGCAACCGAGAUGGUUUGUGAGGUUAAUAUGAAAGAAGACUUACUGAUGCUGAAAGAUCCCCGUGGAAGGCUAUUAGUACAAGUCGCAAGGAAACCAAACCGAUUGUACAAGACGCCAAUGGAGGUUGAAUUUCCGAAGUGUCUUCAAAUACAAGAAACCAAUGUUACAUGGACGUGGCAUGCGCGGCUAGGACAUGUGAACUUUGGAGUCAUGAAGAAUAUGGUAGACAAGGAGAUGGUAGUAGAGAUGCCUCAGGUGAUACAUGAGAAAGAUGUGUGCAGCGCCUGCUUAGUUGGGAAGCAAACUCGGAAGUCUUUCCCGCCUAAAGCAAAGUAUCGAGCAUCACACGCAUUGGAGUUGGUACAUGAAAGUUACAUCGAAGCUGCAGUGAUACAAGCUUGGAUCAAUGCAAUGAAGGCAGGGAUCGAAUCUAUCAUCAAAAACAAGACCUGGAAGCUCGUCAAGAAGCCGGCAGAUGUGAAACCGAUAGGUUUGAAGUGGAUCUAUAAGAUAAAGAGGAAUGCAGAUGGAACGGUGAUCAAAUACAAAGCAAGGCUAGUUGCAAAAGGCUAUGUGCAACAACAAGGCAUAGACUUCGACGAAGUAUUUGUACCAGUUGCUCGGAUAGAAACCAUACGACUACUCUUGGCGUUAGCAGCAACUAAUGGAUGGGAGAUCCAUCACUUAGAUGUGAAAAAUGCGUUCCUGAAUAACGGAGACUUAAAUGAGGAUGUAUACGUGACUCAACCAGAAGGCUUUGUGGAGAAAGGAAAGGAGGAUCAUGUGUACAAACUUAGCAAAGCACUAUACGGUUUGCGUCAAGCUCCGGGAGCUUGGAACAUCAAACUCGACCGUGUUCUCAAGGAGAUGGAGAACUUCGCUCAACGUUAUUAA